AAAGACCUAUAGUAUGUAUUAUGUAGAGCUCGGAAUUAUGCUGAGUGUUGUUUUGCGUUCGUUGAUGAUCACAUCUCGAAUUCCAGAGGUUUUCGACGCACAAAAAACGAAAGAAAUACAAACUGCUCACAAUAUUGUAAACCAAUUAUACAUUUUUUAAAGUAUCUUACUUUUUUUACUUUGAGAAAAUUUCUCAGAAAAAAAAGUCUUUAUUCUGACAACUCAACGUUGGAUUCUGGCGCCGUGUGGUACCGCGUGGCGGUAAAUCUUCAGUCUUUGUCCGGACAUCGUCUCCUGCAGAUACAAAAAAAUACUGAAUAAUCGUUUCUUACAAAAAAUUACUGAGUCCUGAUCCUGAGAUUGUUCUUCUACUGAAAUCCGAGGGGUUUCUCGAAGGAGAAGUGAACGAAAUUCCAGUUGAAACUGAAGAAUUAUUUUGAGUAAGAGAUCACCACUUGUGGAUUAUUUUUUUUGUGAGAGCAGAGAAGACAAACAAAGAAAAAAAUGGCGGAAAUGGAUCCCCUGGUUCUCUGUCCUUUUGAUAAUUCCCAUCAAAUACGUCUCAGCAGGAAGCAAUUUCAUAUCGUCAGAUGUAAAAAGAAUCACCAAUUGACUGAUAAGGAGAUUUGUCCGUACAAUGCAACCCACAUCGUUGAUAAAAUCAAUUUCCAGGAUCACCUGGCCACGUGCAUGGAUGCCAGGGAAAUCCAGUCAUUCCUCUACAAGACUGACGACACCCAGUUGACUGGGAUCAUCCCCAUCGAACAGAUCAACCAGGUGAAUCCAACAACUGGAGAAGAAGAUUGGGACAAUGAUGUUUAUCAUCAAACGUAUGAUCCCAUGAAAAAUUGUGAGGACAAACCUCUAGUGAGGACUCUGAUAGGGGCUUCUAAAGCCAAGAGACGUGAAUUCAGGAUGAAAGAGAGGGAGAGAAUGGCGAAAUUAGUUGAGGAGAAAGUGCCAAAACCAGUAGAGGUUGAAUCCUUCAAACAGAAAUUCAACGAGCCCCUGCGUCCUCCAAAAAAUACAGAUGUUGAUGAAGGAAAGCCAAGACCACUUCGUCCCCCGAAGAAUUGGCCAUCUUCAAGUGAAAAUAAUCGAAAUGGAAAUGCAAUUCUGGGAAAUGAUCUCCAGCCUGAGGAUAGCCCCAAAUGUGCGACUCCAGCGGAGAAAAAAGACUCCAAGACUUCGGAGAAAGUCCGUAUGCCCACGAGGAAGCCGAAUUUGGAGACUGAGAUGUCUAAGCUGCAUAUCAGCUCUUAUGAUGGAGCUUUGAGUGAUGGACCCCGGGAUUCAUCGACAGCAAAUGGGGAUGACUAUUUGACUCAUGAGUCGAAUGAGAAUGUUCUGAAACGUUUGAUGGAGUUGGAAGAUAUGGCAAAGGCUCUGGAAGAAGAGCGGAAGAAACUGACGGAACAGAUGAGAGUUCCACGAGAAGGACAAAAUUCAUCGGCGGAUUCUGAGCAGCCGAAGAAAGUCGGACGUUGUGCGGCCACCUUUAAAUAAAGAAGAUUUCAGAUGAGAGUGGAUGGUAAAAAAAAUACAGAGGAGUUUUAUAAAGGAUACCAAAGUGGAUACAAAGCAAUUGGGUCGAGUGUUUGACUUUUUUUUCUUUUUGACAGUCUAUGAUUAUCAAAACUCAGUCGCUUCGACAGACUUUCCUUUUUUUCUCAUUUUCUCAGACGAAUUUCAAGACACAGCGUCGUUUUGUUUCUUAUUUGGAAUCAAAUUUGAUUAGUUUAUCUCAUCAGGGAUUUUGUAUUGCAACUAGAAUAUGCGAAAGAAAUUUAUUAAAAAUUUCGAGUGAAGUAUAUAAAGCUUUCAUAGCCAAAAACUAAGAAAAAAAUUAUUAUGUUAGAGCGUAACUUGAAUGAGCACUCAGCUCAUUAAAAAUAAAUUCGUUUUUCAGUUUCAUUCUAUUCCAUUGGUAUUAAAUAUGAGGACAAUCUUUUUACAACACUGUAAUC